AUGGUAGCCAGGGGUGGUGACUGGCAGCCAGCGGUGGUGACGACAGCCAGUGGUGGUGGUUGGCGGCUAACCAUGGGGGCCAAAUCUAGUUGUGCCUCAUCAGAUUUUGAAGCUGAUGAACUCGCUUUACUUGAUUUCAAGAAAGGAAUCACUCAAGAUCCCCUUCAAAUUACAAGAUCCUGGAAUUCUUCUAUGCAUUUCUGCAAUUGGACUGGUGUUACAUGCAAUCCAACUAAUGGAAGAGUCUCAAUCUUGAACUUGGACUCGCAAAGCUUGGUUGGCUCUAUCCCACCUUCCAUAGGAAACUUUACAUCUCUUACAGUCAUCAAUCUGGGAAACAAUAGCUUCCAUGGUGAAGUUCCUCCAGAAAUAGGCCGCUUACAGCACCUGCAGCAUCUCAACCUGUCUUGCAAUUACUUUGGCGGGAGUAUUCCAACGAAGUUAUCUCGUUUUACAAAACUUCGAGUAUUUCAACUUGGCUGCAACGAGUUUAUCAGGCAGAUAUUGGACCAGCUUAGUUCAUUGUCGAAACUGGGAAGCAUACCCAAGGAAUUAGGCCUACUAUCAAGCUUGGAAUUUUUUCAACUUGGUGGGAAUUAUGUCUGCGUUCCUGUGUCAUUGCCAAAUGCUUCUAAACUUCAGGCAGUGUCUUUUGGUGAAAAUGGUCUCACCGUGAAAAUUCCUGAAAACCUUGGAAGCUUGCGAGGUCUAGUUACAUUAAUUUUUGAACCUAAUAGUCUUGGAAACGGAGAAAUUGGAGAUUUUAAUUUUUUAUCCUCCUUGGCUAAUUGUAGUAGGCUUAGAGGGUUGGGUCUUCAUGGAAAUCGUUUUGGGGGAGAAUUGCCUAACUCCAUAGGCAACCUUUCAACUCAGUUGCAAGGUCUUACAAUGGGAUCUAAUCUGAUUCAUGGAGAGAUCCCAAUUGGGGUUUCCAACCGUCUAGGAUUGGGAAAUAACUAUUUAAGUGGUAUUGUUCCCGAUGUUAUUGGGAGGCUCCGAAAUCUAGAAGUAUUGGCUCUUCAUUUCAAUAGUUUUUCUGGAUCAAUCUCAACGUCCUUUGGUAACUUGACUAAACUAUUUGCCCUUUAUAUGUCAGAGAAUAAAUUUCAGGGAAGCAUACCUCUGAGUCUCGGAAACUGCCGAAAUUUGCAAGUACUGGCUUUGUCUAGCAACAGUCUGAACGGCACCAUACCCAAACAAGUAGUUGGUCUUUCUUCCAUUUCAAUUUCUUUGGACUUGUCUAAUAAUUUUUUGACUGGUUCACUACCACUUGAAGUGGGUAACUUAUCCAAGAACAAAUUAUUAGGUGAAAUUCCUAGUAGCCUUCAUACUUGUACUAGUUUGGAACGUUUGUACUUGGGAAGUAACAUGUUUGAAGGGACUAUUCCUCAAUCUUUGAAAAGCUUAAAAGGUUUAGAAGAAUUGGAUCUUUCUCAUAACAACUUAUUUGGUCAAAUUCCUGAAUUUUUUACCCAACUUUAG